AUAUUAUGCUACAAUAAGAGAAUUUAAAUGAAAUAUAUGUUCCAAAUCAAUUGAUUCAGGUCUUUGAAACUGUGAUUUAAAGUAAUGAACAAGAUAAGGAAGAUUUUGAUUAUUUUGGUGUUCGUAUAAAGAAUGGAAAAUACGAUACAAAAAAAAUAAUCAAUAAAAAGAAAUAAUAACAAUAAUAACAAUAACAAUAAUAAUAAUAAUAAUAAUAAGCAAUAAAAUAACAAUAGAAUGAUGAUUAUAUUGAAUAAGAAAUUAUUGAUGAUAAAUAUGCUAAACAAAUACAAUUUGAUGAUGAUGAAAGUUUUGAUAUAGAUUAGAUUUAAUAAUAACAACAAGUUUAAGAAGGCUAAGUAUAUAAUCUUAAUGAAAAUGUUGAAUUUUACUUAGCUUCUGAAUUUAAGACUGUAAAGUUUAACGAAAGAAAGGAACUUUCAUGUUUGGUAGGUAUAAAAGCAAAAGAAGUUUAACAUUAAUAAGUGCCUUAACAGAUUGAGGGAGAUGCCUAGAACCAAUUUAAUAUGGAUUAACAAUAACAUUCAAAAGUUGGAGUAGAUUUAGUAAAUAUAUAUAUAUUUAAAAAUAAAGCUUUGUGUAAUAGAUAGAAGUGGGAGUAUGAGUGGAGAGAAAAUAGAUAUGGUUAAAUAAACAUUAAACAUUUUACUAAAUUUUUUAGGACCAAAAGAUAGAUUAUGUUUAAUAUAAUUUGAUGAUACGUGUUAAAGAUUGACUAAUUUAAGAAGAGUGACUGAUGAGAAUAAAACAUAUUAUUCGGAAAUCAUUUCUAAGAUUUAAGCUAAUGGUGGAACAGUAAUUAGUUUAGGUACUUAAAUGGCUUUAAAAUAAAUUAAAUAUAGAAAAAAUGUGAAUAACGUGACAGCUAUUUUUGUGUUAUCAGAUGGUUAAGAUGAAGCUGCAAUUCCUUAAAUUCAAAAAUAAUUAGCCUAUUAUUCAUAAACACUUACUAUACAUUCUUUUGGUUUUGGUAGUGAUCAUGAUGCUAAAUUGAUGACUAAAAUUUCUAAUUUGGGAAAAGGUAGUUUCUAUUUUGUUAAUAACAUAUCUUUACUUGAUGAGUUUUUUGUUGAUGCACUUGGUGCUCUCACUUCUAUGGUUGCAACAAAUAUUAAUAUAACUUUAUAAAAUAAAACUUAAACUCCAUAUGAUGCUAUAACCAUCUCUAAAUUUUAUGGAUAAGAUAAAUCAAAUAACUAAACUAUUAAACUUAAAAUACCUUAUCUAGCAGAAGGAUAAAGAAGAGAUUUCGUUUUUAAACUUAGUAUACCAUAUAUUAAUAAUAAUGUAUUUUUUAUAUAAUAUAUUAAUUAAGUUACCUUAAGAAGAUGUACUAUUAUUUUAAGCUGAAGUAUAAAUUACGAGUUCUUAAACUCAAGAAACUAUUUAAAAAUAAGCUGAAUUAUAUUUGAAAUUUAUUGAUGAAAAUUAAACUAUUAUUGAAGAAUAAAAUUAGUAAACAAUUAUACUUAUUUUUAAGUUUUGUUACAGAAUAAGUUUUUAGAGUUGAAUCAGCAGAAGUGAUCAAAUCUGCAUUACAGAAAUGUUAAAAUAGAUAAAAUUCUUAAGCUAUAGAUUUAAUUGAUUCACUUAUUUCUAAAGUGUAAGAAAAUCAAUAAUUAUCAGAAAAAUGUAAAAAUAUUGUGUCUGAUCUUGAAUAAGUUAAAUAGGCAGCUAAAAAAGAAUAUUUCAAUAAAUUUGGAAGUAAAUAAAUGUAUUAAAUUAUUUCUAACAAUUACAAUUAAUAAGGAAUAAAUGCAAAAUUUGAUGCAUCUGGAAUUUAAUUGUAGUAAGAAGAAUAAUCAUAAUUUUAAAAUAAAAAAUAAAUGAUGUGGGUUUAGAAGGUAUAAUAUUCAAAGAAAUGCAAACCAUGA